GUGAUUACAGGAUCGGGGAACGCAGAUGCAAUGGAGGCGGAGACCAUGCUGCUUUUACAUCCUCUCAAGGAUAUUCCUCGCAAUAAUCAACAGGCUCUUGCAUGGUGCCCUUGGCAACCGGAGUGUCCACAGCCACCAAUGAUUUCUAAUACGGGAUCGCUCACGCUUCCUGAUGACCCAUCUAUGCUUUUGGCCGUCUCGUGGGGAAGCAAGGUUUGGCAUCGUUAG